AGGAGGCCUUCGCCCGGUCCGACGCCGACUCCAGCCACGACGGCAGCACGGGCUCGAGCUAUGGGCGGAGCUGGGCGGACCAGUCGGAGGACACCUGGCCGGACGAGCAGGAGGACGCGGCGAAGCGGAGAGCGUUCGGCGGAGCCACGCGGAGCGCUCGGGCGCUGCCGCCGCGGAGCCCGAGCGAGCCUCCGGCGGGGGGCACCGCGGCGGGCGCGGGGCACCAGGUCUGCGAGCAGCGGCGCCUCCCAGGCUUCGGCGACCGCCUCGAGUUCGGCGAGUUCUUCCCGCCGAGCUCCCCGGUGGAACCCCGCAAGAAAGAGAAGGCGACCGCUCCCCUGAGCAACUCCACGCGGCGGCGCAAGCAGCGCCAGCUCGCGGACAAGCGGGCAGCGUUCCGGGAGCUGAACCAGGAGCACUCGGACCGGGCCGUGGCCGCAGCGCAGGCCCUCGGGCCGCACCACCGGGCCGCACCGGCCCUCGAGCGCCACCUGCACUUCCCCAGGCCGGAGGCGGAGUCGCCCCGGAGGCCCGCUGCCCCAUGGCCGACGCCCCGGCUCGACCCGCCCAAGGACAGCGCCCCCCACGGCGCGCUCGGCGCCCCGGAGCAGGACGAGGAGGACGACGAGGAGGAAGCAGGGCAGCAACGGCCUGGAGCCGCGUGCCCAAGUAACAGCAGAACACUCAUCUCGUUGUGAGCGGCGAGACCGCGCUCGGAUGGACGCCACUCGCUCCCGCACAGGCCCGUGUCUGAUCGCACCGUGCGGACAGAAGCGAGGCUCGAAGCCCACUUCCCGAGCGGUGCACCUCUCUUGGCGCUCACGGCAAGUUCGCGCCGCGCCGACUCGGCGGCUGCCCCGGCGCGGGCGUUCCAGGUCGAAGGCCACAGGUGGCCCACGAUCCGCCGAUGUCGAGCGACCUGCGCCAUCGAAAAGCCGCGGUCGUUCUGUGGAGCGAUCCGCGCGGUCUCACGCACCGACGCACAGGUCGUCACGAGGCGAACUUGCCGCACUUGCCGAUCAACUCUUGAUGCGGCGUGGUCGCAGCACUCGUUUUAUGACGUUUCUGACGGUGUGCUCUGCCUUUCAGUCCGCACUUCCUGCGCGUCCAUGAACUGUUUGAAGUCAGGUUGUCCCGCUACCGAGCUUGAGUAUACAGCAGGUAUAGGUCUCCCUCCCCCAACAGAUGGAUCUCUCCUGCUCGCCCACUGGCACAAAUAUAAGCAAUCGUAGCACUAGUAUUCUUCAAUCGGGUCCAGAUGGUCCCGCUUUCUGGCACGCUCAGGCUCGCAUCCUAUGGUCCAACAGCUGGGCAUCUUUACUUGUUAUGUUUCGCUUAGUCCUUUGGCAAGCUUGGAAGAGCGUUGUCCUGGAACCCAUUGUGGGCAGACGCGCCUCAGCGAGUUUGCAUUCCAAUGAUGUUUUUUGUUUAUUGCAUCAUGGCUGCCCGUUUUAGGAUUCUUAGCGACGUAGCACACGUGUUCCUACGGUGUGGGAUGAUUGUAAUUUAUGCGUUCGUUCGCAUAUCUCUGGAGAUUGGUGAAGCAGAUGAAGAUGUUGUCGCGGUUGUACAGACGAAUGUCAAAGUUGUAACCAAUUGUGCAUGCGGACCCUGUACGAGAAGGAGCCUGUCCUGGUCCGGCAUGAGCGGGCCAGUGCCGACGGAUGCUGCAGAAAGAAACGGGCGCGGGCACACCUAUGAUCUCUCGGGGUCCCCCUCGCUGUUGUUCGCAUCCCAGCCCUAUCCGUGCAGCCGUCGCCGACCUUGCACUCUUGGG